AUGGCCUCCUCCUCCCGCUCCCCCGCCGCCGCGCGCCGGGGCGGCCGCGCGGCGCGCCAGUCCCCCUUCUUCCGGGACCUGGCCUCCCCCAUCCCGUCCCACCGCGCCGGCUCCCGCUUCGCCCCCUCGGGCGCCGCCAGCGCCACGCCCUCCGCCACGCCGCCGCCGCCGCCCCUCUUCACGCUCGACGACCGCUUCGCCGCCGCCGACUUCUCCCCCGACCCCACCGCCUCCGACCUCCUCCCCGUCGCCGGCUCCCCCUCCCCCCGCGCCUCCGGCGCCGGCAGCCGCUCGCCCUCAUGGGACCGCUCCCGCGCCUCCGCGCCCGGCUCCCCCAUGGACGGGGUCGUCGAGCCCCGGAAGGAGAUGCUCGCGCUGCCCGCGCCCUCGAGCCCCUGUACGCCCCCGCCUCCCACCGCGACCAUGGCCGCGGAGGCGCCGUCGCCGGUGACCCCCGCGACGGCCACGGCCACCGCUAGGACGGAGCCGCCGGCCAGCGAGGGGAAGGAAGAUGGCGAGGAGUGGGUCACUGUAUUCGGAUUCUCCCUUAGAGAUACCAACCUCGUUCUCCGAGAGUUCGAGAAAUGUGGUGUUAUAUUGAGACAUCACUCUGGUCCAAGAGAGGGUAAUUGGAUCCACAUAUUAUACCAGCACUCCUACGAUGCACGGAAAGCCCUCCAAAGGAACGGUAUCCAGCUAAGCAGCGGCGUCAUAAUUGGAGUAAAGCAUAUUGAUCCAACACACCGGCAGCAGCUAGAUGACCGGUUCACUGGAAUCAAUCAGGGAGGCUUCAUGGUUUCCCUGCCUUCAAAAUCACUUGCUCUGAAGAGCACAGGUGCAUCAAACCAGUUAGGAGCCUUGCCGCGCCCGUAUGAUCCGAAGUCUUCCACAAACGUUGUCAGAGAUGCAGGGCGUCGCGCAACUGGCAGUGUUGCCGCUCCAGCAAAAUCUAUUGUAACGAACGUGAUGGACCUGAUAUUUGGCAUUUAGUUUGCCAGAUCAGGAACCUCCUUUCGGUGUUCCAUCUUGUUGUGUUAUCAGUGUCGUCUCGUGGUGGAUGCGUGAGUGGGCGAGGUUGUCUGUGUUGCCAAAGGUUCGGGAGUAAAUUUGAGAGAAUCUGGAGAGUGAAAUUUUAUUUUCUUUGGCAAUGUAACAUUUAUAAAUGUGCAAUUUUUCAUGUUUAUGUUAUGAUCUGCCAAGGUGUGGGCGGCUGGUGUACUUUGUA